ACAUUCGUUCCCAACAGCCACUUAGACCCGAGACACCAAACACGAUCUAAAAUGAACUGCGUUGCUCUGUUCAUCGCUGUUUGCGCCACAGGGUUCACUGUCUGUGGCACCACAAGAGGCUAUAUGGCUGGGGUUCCACAGCUGGCUGACUUGCAGUCCGGUAUCUCUCAAUGCAACUGUCAAUAUGGCACAUCUUUAAAUCUUUAUUCGGCUCGGUACAACUACCCUAGCCGUUUGAUGGCCUUGAACGCUUCUGAUAUAAAACAUGGGGUGGUUCGAGAUGCAACGAAACUUCGUUCUGUUCGAGCGCGGAUGCGUACGACUUGCGACACGCUAUGUGAUAGCACACAAUCACACAACGCAUGGGAUGUGGUGAAGCAACCAUCCCAGCUUACCGCUGGGCUGACCUCGGGGACCAUGAUGCACCGCAACAGAGAUGGCCGCGCCGCCAAUCGAUUUAGGACCAGUUUCUGCUCUACAUGGUUGAAAUUCUUGAGAUGUUUCGAGGUGCUGCCUUGGUGGCUGGUGUUCGCGUUCCGCGGACCGGAGAUGCAGCCACGUCACGUCCCCGCGACUCAGUGACUAACGAGGUCGAAUCAGGCAGGACAAGAGGAGGGUCGGGGGCAGCAGGAAGGCGAAGGCCCUGCAGACGAGCGAAGGAGCACAUUCUCGACGUUAAACUCCCCUGCUCCCCUGCUCCCCUGCUCCCCUGCUCCCCUGCUCCCCUACUCCUCACCCUUCGACGGGGCUGGCCUUCAACACUGGCGAAGAGCUGUUGCCUGAAACUCGAACUCUAAUUAAAUUAAAUUAAAUAUAAAAAUUAUUGACAGUGUUUUAAAAACUAAAAUAUGAUAUCUGUUUUUGUGGUUAAAGUUAAAUUUCUGAGAAAUACUACUUAUUGCAGUCGUUAUCAUAAUGUGACUUCAGGUGAAUGUCUACCUAAUUUUUUAUAGUUUCAUGGUUGCUAGACCCGAAAACCUACACCAGCACAAAUGUUUAUAAAUAUGUAUACAUCUAAAUAUAGAUUACAUUAUGGACACGAAAAAUGCUGUAAUUUUGAAGAAAUUAUUUUUAGACUAGUAUAUAAAAUAUUUAGAUGAAUAAUCUUAAUAUAAUUAUUUAAUAGACAGUAUAGUACCAAGCGGAUAGAAAUGGAAAAUGUUUUUGUAUGAAAUUUAUUUCUUCCGUUCGAAAUGAUUAUUAAACCUCAAAAUAAAGGUGCCCAUUAGUUGUUUGAAAGUGUUUUUUCGAUAAACUCAAAUAUAAGUAUAAGGGGUGGAAGAAAUAGUGUUGUAAGGACAAAACAUUUCAUAACUAUCUUGGUAGGCACAGUAACAAAAACGAUCAAAGAAACGAUGGUUUAGGGACAAUGCAGACAUUUUCUGGAAGUUGCACCUUAGUAACGACUAUGAUGCAGUUUUUCUUCCAGUUCUACAUUGUAAAAAAGUGUUUAAUUUUACACAAAACAUAUGUGGCAGCAGAGUCUUUACCGAUGUUUGUGUAAUUUAACACCUACACAUACAUCCUGGGCGUGCCUUUGUGCAACAGCAAACCUUCGGAAACAGAGGAGACAUCUAUUCAGUUAUGAAAGUGACUUUACAAGAAAACAACGACCCAGGUCAGAAUGGUGCCUUUAGUGUCCGCACAGUAAAAAUGUGUUUUUCUGCAUUUUUCACGAAAUAAUUUUUUACAAAGUUGCCAACAUGAUUUUUUUUAAUUUAAAAAAAAUACUAUUUAUUAUUGUGAAAACUUUUUUCUAGAAAAUGAAGAAUACUUGUAGAGAGCUAUCGAUUAUUUCGCGGAUUCAUUUUACUCCAGGAUAUAAUAUAAUUCCCUGCCUAUAAUCGUGACAUUUCAGGGUGCUCAUUUUCGAUAGCUAGGUAAUAUCCUUAAGCAUUACAGGUGAUUGUAUGACCCCUUCUUCUCCUCUAUAAUAACUGGCUCAGAUUCGUCAAGGGCAAGUAAAAAGCAAUGCAGUCCAAUCAUCAACGUGAAACAGAUGUGCGUCUGUUUCAAGUCUACUUUGUUAUGCAAUGAACUAACUAAAUAAGCGCUGAUAUUUUUUAUGGAUUUUGUCUCUGAUUUGUUUAUCAUAAACAUGGAGAUUACAUUAUAAUGUUUUAUUUUAAUACAUUUCGCAAAAGAGUAAUAUUA